UUUGGUGUUUUAAAGGCAUGCAGGCAAACACCACAGCCUAUUUCUGCCAAAUGGCACAUUGGGCUGACCUGCUCAAUUACCUUACACAGAACUUUCAUCUGCAGAAAGUAACAAAUGUAAUUCCUCUGUCAGCAUGGAAAUGAGCAUCAUCACUUUACAGCAUCUGCAAAAUAAGCUGCCAAUAAGGGCAUGGCGAUUAAGUGCAGGCUAUGUGUGGAAUGAAAUUAUUGCUAGAACGAAUUGUACCUCAUUGUACCUCAUUCCCUUUUUAGGCCAUACUUUUCAUACUUCCCAUUUUCUCUUGGACCUCGUUCCUGUAUUGGACAGGUGUUUGCACAAAUGGAAGCUAAAGUGGUGAUGGCCAAGUUUCUACAGAGGUUUGAUUUCCAGCUGGUUCCACCACAGAGCUUUAAAGUUUUGGACACAGAAGCCUGGAAUUUGCAUUUCGGGAGGCUCUAGCACUCUUUGGUGGCGAAGGCAAAAGAUCUUGCAAAGCUACACAUCCCAGGAUUCAAAGAGGAUGGAGCUGCAGCACCUCAAGUGGUGUCAAACUGUGUUAUUUCUACAGUGCAGAUGCACCCUUGUGGUGGAGGCACAUCUCACCCAAUUAAGGUGAUACAUUUCCAUUCCACAAAACCUGAGGCUUUGGAGGAGGAAGAGGUGUUGCAAGGGAGAAGAGAUCUGAUGGCUCCCUAGGUGUGUUGGGGAAAAGGAUGCAUUUUGGUCUUGCCUCAUUCAUAGGGGACUUUUCCUCCUUCCUCUUAUUUAGGCACAGAGGAAACCUGGCUCCUCCCAAGGCUGGAAAGGCUUUCCUUGGGCCAGUGAGGCCUCCAUGAUCAGCUGUUCUUCUGUCCAGCAUGGAAGCACUGGAGCUGAUCUGGGUUUUGCUGCGUUUACUGCUGGCUGGGGCCCUCCUGGCUUUGGGGCUCUAUUGCUGCUACAUCAAAUGGGUGCAUCUGAGAUAUGAUCACAUCCCCAGUGCCCCAAGAGCCAGCUUUUUAUUUGGUCAUCUUCCAAUCUUUUGGAACAUCUUGAAGAACAAAGAAGUUACACAGGAUCUCUUUCUGCAAUGGGCUGAGGAAUACGGGCCAGUUGUGCGCAUCAACACCUUUCACAGAGUUUCCUUGUUGAUAUUAAGCCCUGAAGGAGUAAAGGAGUUCCUGAUGUUACCACAAUACCCAAAGGAUCGAUCUUUAUAUAAGAAUCUUUCCAAUAUGUUUGGUGUAAGAUUUUUAGGGAACGGAUUGGUAACUGAUCACAAACAUGACCAUUGGCACAAGCAGCGGAAAAUUAUGGAUCCAGCAUUCAGUCGAACUUAUCUGAUUGGCCUUCUCGGAACUUUCAAUGACCAAGCAGAAGAGUUUAUGAAGGAGUUGGAAAAAAAGGCAGAUGGAGAAACCAAAGUGGAUAUGAUGUGUCUUCUGAGACGGGUCACACUGGACAUCAUUGCAAAGGUGGCAUUCGGCCUAGAACUGAACACCUUAUAUGAUGAGGAGACACCUUUUCCACACGCAGUCAACAUGGUCAUGAAAGGGAUAUCUAAUGUGCGCAUUCCAUUAUUCAAGUACAUGCCAAGAAACAGACAAGUUAUAAGUGAGAUUCGGGAAAGCUUGAGGUUGCUACGUCACACUGGGAAGCAGUGUAUUGAGCAGAGGCGCAAGGCCAUCCAGAAUGAAGAAGAGGUUCCCUUGGAUAUUCUCACUCAGAUACUAAAGAAUGCUGCUCAAGAAGGGGACUAUGAUGAAGAAAAUAUGCUGGACAAUUUUGUCGCCUUCUUUGUUGCAGGUCAUGAAACCACUGCUAAUCAGCUGUCUUUUACUGUAAUGGAAUUAGGACGACAACCAGACAUAGUUGCAAAACUUCAGGCAGAAGUGGAUGAAGUCAUUGGUGUGAAGAGAGACAUUGCCUAUGAAGAUCUAGGAAAGCUUAAAUAUUUAUCACAGGUCCUUAAAGAAGUCUUGCGAUUGUACCCACCAGCUCCACACACCAUACGCUGGACAAAAUCAGAAAACAUAAUUGAAGGGGUCAAAAUUCCAGCAAACACCACAUUGAUUUUUAGUACAUACAUCAUGGGACGAAUGGAAAAAUAUUUCAAGGAUGCACUCACCUUCAAUCCUGACCGAUUUGGCAAAAAUCAACCAAAGCCAUACUUUUCCUAUUUCCCAUUUUCUCUUGGACCUCGUUCCUGUAUUGGACAGGUGUUUGCACAGAUGGAGGCUAAAGUGGUAUUGGCCAAGUUUCUGCAGAGGUUUGACUUCCAGCUGGUUCCACCACAGAGCUUUAAAGUUUUGGACACAGGAACACUGACACCUUCAGAUGGUGUCGUGUGCAGACUAAAAUUACGGCAACAGCUUCAUUGUAAAGAUUAAAUGAAAUACUGGUUGCCUGAAAUAUUGGCCUGAUUGCUUUCUUCCAAAAUGUGCAUGCAUAUAGUUUUAAACUGUUUUAAUAUUUUAAACUUCUAACAACCUGUUAAAUUGUCUCUUCGUUUUUCUUUUUUUUUCCUUAUUCUUCCUCUAAUUUUUUCUUUUUGAAUGUAUAUUAUUUUGGGUUUGAUUGAAAAUUAGAUUGUCAGUGUUGAAUGAAUGAAUGAAUAAAUUAUGAGCAAAUAAACUGCUUAAAUUGACUUUACUUGUAUGCCAUGCUAACACCUGGGAUA